GCCUAACGCUGGGAGCACCGAGCUAGUGAGAUAGAGGAGAGGCCGCCAUUUUGUUGGCUCCCACUGCUUUCAGUUUUGGUCUCCAGUCUCCGCCUCUAGCUGGUUACGCCCCCUCCGGCCUACGGAAGCAGUGUAUCAGUAAUCUUCCCCGGGCAUCCUCUGGAGUCAAUGACUCUUGAUGCUUCACAACACUAAUGUGAUCCCCGUCCUACAUUAACUUGCACCCUUUGCCUUUAAGGCAUCUGUGGCUGCCACAAUGCAACAAACCUUAGAAGUUGCACUGGACCGAGCUGAGUAUGUCAUUGAGACCGCCAGGCAAAGACCUCCAAAACGCAAGCAUUCAUCUGGAGGAAGGAAAUCUGUGUUUCAUAAAUUGUAUGACUUAUAUAUUGAAGAAUGUGAAAAGGAGCCAGAGAUAAAGAACCUGAGACGAAAUGUGAAUUUGCUGCAGAAACUUGUAAUGCAAGAGUCCCUCUCAUGCCUUGUAGUCAACCUUUACCCUGGAAACGAAGGUUACUCACUGAUGCUGCGAGGCAAAAAUGGAUCAGAUUCAGAAACUAUCAGGCUCCCUUACGAAGAGGGAGAGCUUUUAGAAUAUCUGGAUGCAGAAGAGUUGCCUCCAAUUUUAGUAGAUCUUCUAGAAAAGUCCCAGGUGAAUAUUUUCCAUUGUGGGUGUGUCAUAACUGAAAUUCGUGACUACAGACAGUCUGGCAACUUAAAAUCACCCACGUAUCAGACAAGACAUGUUCUUUUACGUCCAACCAUGCAGACUUUGGUUUCAGAUAUACAUGCUAUAACUAGUGACAACCAUAAGUGGACACAGGAAGACAAGCUUUUAUUAGAGAGCCAGUUAAUCUUGGCAACAGCUGAGCCUUUAUGUCUUGAUCCUUCUAUAUCGGUCACCUGCACUGCAAACCGCCUUUUGUUCAACAAACAGAAGAUGAACACAUUCCCAAUGAAACGGUGUCUGAAGAGGUUUUCAAGGCCAUCCCUGAACAGACAGCAGGAGAUAUCAAACAGCCUCCCACCAACACAACUCAGACUUCUGGACUACCUGCAGAAACGAAAAGAAAGGAAAACCACCACUCCGCAGUAUGACCUAAAAAUAUCCAAAAUCGGAAAUUGUGUCGACACUUGGAGACAAGCCCCAUGCACAUUGACGGCACCAUCAGAAGUGGAUGUCGAAAAAUAUGCCAAAGUGGAAAAAUCUUUCAAACCUGACGACUCACAACCUACUGUCUGGCCAGCAGAUGAAAUGAAAGAAGACUACCUAUUUGAACUGGAAAGUGGCAGCCCAUUUCAGAAAGCAAAACUCACUGUUUUUCAAAAUAAGGGCAAUCCUUUGUACUACGGAAAAUUACAGACCUACAAAACCGAAGAAGAAAGUGAAAACCGUUUAUCUCCCUCUCAAUUUCUUAUUGGUUCAAAGACUGACAUUGACAGAGUUGUCAAUCAGUACCAUGAUGUGUUUGAAUAUGAAGCUAAAAGUUUGGUAAAAAUGACUUACAAUCCAGGAGGCAUGGUCAAUCACAGCCAGCUGUCACCAAGUAGUGAAAUGGAGACUGACAAUAUGCCUGGCUCAGUACAAUCAUCUGUUAUGGGCAAGGGUGCCAAGCACAGACCACCACCAAUUAAACUUCCUGCAAACUCUGGAAAUAUUUCUGCAGGUAAUAUUUUUAGCUCCCAGCAGGCAAGUGGCCACCUCAAAUCUACAACGCCCCCUCCCUCCAAGCCACCCAGUAUCUCUCGGAAACAGUCUGUGGACCAUAAUCAAAUCAACAUGGUUUCUCCUGCUGCUUUGUCACCUGCCGGCUCUUCACAAAGAUCUGGAACUCCCAAACCAUCUACUCCUACACCAACCAACACCCCAUCAUCGACACCGCAUCCUCCUGAUGCUCUGAUCUCAACUCCUCUCACCCCUUCUGCCACCCCCACACCCCAAGACUCGAGCUUUAAUUCACAACCCACUUUGUUAACACAGUUUGCUCAACAGCAAAUGUCUCUGGGUCAGGGAUUGCCUGUAAUGACCAUUCCACUGUCCACUAUGGUCACGACUCUAACCACAGGAACUUCCUCAACCCAAGUCAUGACCAACCCAGCUGGACUUAACUUCAUCAAUGUAGUUGGCUCCGUAUGUGGCCCACAGACAUUGAUGAGUGGCUCAAACACCAUGUUGGGCUGUAGUUCUGGUGCCAUAAGUCCAGCAGGGAUAAAUCUGAGUGGCAUUUUACCGUCAGGAGGUCUGGUUCCGGCUGCUAUGCAGUCUAACUCUCAGGCAGGAUUCUCUUCAACAGGUGGUCCAUUUGGGUUAAAAAACACAUCAGGUCUAAGGCCUUUGAAUCUGCUGCAGCUUCCUGGUGCUUCACUCAUAUUCAACCCCAUGCAGCAACAACAGCCCCAAAUGUCUCAGUUUUCACCUCAACAGUCUCAGCAGGCAGCGAUCUCUAGUCCUCAACAACCAGGUGAUCAGAUGGGCCUGAUGCCAUCGGGAAUGGAUCAGGGUCCUAAUAGUCAAGAUCACACUUUAUCAGCCCAGCAAGCAGCUGUUAUUAACUUAACAGGAGUUGGAGGUUUUAUGCCUUCUCAAGCAGCCGUGUUACCUCAGCUGGGCUCUGCUAUGAACAGACCUGGGCCAACCCUUCCACAGCAGCUCUCUCCUGCCUUACAGCAGCAGCAACAUGCCUUACAGCAGCAACAGAUACAAUUGCGAUUCUUGCGACAUCAAAUGCAGCAAAUGGCUAUGGCAACAGCCCAAGCGGCACCUCUGCACCACCAGGUUCAUUCAGACAGUCCAAGAAAUAAAAGAAGGGGAUCCACAUCCUGGGAACCAAAACCCUGAUUGUUGUAUACCACAUCACUGCUUAAUUUAGCGACAGAAUGCGACAACCAACAAUGGCCUUCUAGUUUUAUAUCUAUAUAUUUUUUAAAAUGGUAACAUUACAAUACUGCGAAACGCAAAGUAAACACUGAAGAGAGAGGCAUCAAGAGGAGGAAAACAACGGACAGAGAAACAAGGUGUAUUAGAAAGAUCAUGAAAACGGCUAUUUUUAAAACUUUUUUUAAAUGUAAUUUCCCGAUGCAGAAUAAGCUGUGUGGGCAAAAAAAAGACACUGAAUCAGGAUAGCAAACUGAAAUUCAAUAAUUGUAUGUUUUGUUUUUUUAUUUUAUUUAGUACAAAAAUGUGCAGCCAUAGUAACAAAUACAAAUUUUUACAUGUUCAUUUUAAAACGACUUUUCUGAUUUUACACUCUCCAAAACCUCAUUCAGCAAAUUUUGAACUUCUUUGUGUCGUGUGACUGCUCGACUAAUGCACUCUUGGAGUUUCUCUGGGGACAGGGCACUUCCACCUUAAGAGAUAUCAAGUAGUUUACAAUAUGUUUCACAAAUCAAUAUACAA